GUAAUGACGGAGCUCAAAACAUCAUCAGGACUAGGACGACCUUUUGAUGAGAUCGUUCAAGAUUAUAAAAGGCCCAGUCUUGUCGCCAUGGAAGGCAUGCAGAGUUGUUCUCUUUAUUUUGAAGCAAGUCCUCUUAAUCUCGGAAUACAAACAUGUCCCAACUUCUCGUUGUCUUUGGCGCAACUGGCACGCAAGGUGGCUCAGUGGUCGAUCACGUCUUGAACGACCCAGAGCUGUCAGCCAUGUAUAGAAUUCGUGGUAUCACCCGUGACAUCGACUCAGCAAAAGCCAGACAGCUAGUGGAAAAGAGUGUCGAUGUUGUCAAGGCUGACGCGCUUGAUCGUCAGUCCCUAGAGAAAGCCCUCGCAGGCGCGCACACAGUCUUCAUUGUGACGGCACCAGCGCUGAAGCCAAGUGAAGUCAGCGUCGAAUAUAACAUGGCGAAAGCCAUUGCCGACGUUUCGGUUCAGCAGGGCGCUCAGUAUAUCAUCUUCAGCACCCUGACAAACAUCACGGAGAUCUCAGGCGGGAAAUACACCAGGGUUUAUCCGUACGACGCGAAAGCAAGGGCUGAGAAAUACAUCCGCAGCUUGCCGGUCAAAAGUGCCUUCUUCUGUGGAGCGGCAUUCAUGUCUAACUUUCAGGAACAAAAGUUCCUGGGCCCCGAACAAGCUCCUGACGGCACCUGGGUUUUCUCACGUCACAACUCGCCAACGGUGCCCUAUGCACUGAUUGAUGGAGCUGGAGACACUGGCAAGUUCGUUGGUGCUAUCCUCGCCGAGCCCGACAAAUACGAAGGAAAGACCUUCUGUGCUGCACAAGGCUUCUACACCCUUGAAGAGGCAUGCAGACUCAUAUCAAGAUCCUCCGGAAAGACUGUUGUUUACAAACAAGUAAGCCCUGAAGAUUUCUGGAAAGGGUUGGCGGCUAAAGUCGGCGACGAUAUUGCCGAUAUCUUCCUCGACGGCUUUAGUUUCUAUGAAGAAUUCGGAGCUUUCGGUCCUGGAACGGAGGAGAAGGCAAAAUGGGCGAAGGAAAACGCACGAGGAAAGCUCAGGACUUUUGAGGAAUUCCUUGACGCAAACCCUUUUCAGCUAUCUUGAUUGUCUUGCGUGGAAUCACCGACAAAAGUGUCUGGGAAAUUGAACGCUUUCAUCAUUAGUCAUUAUAAACAGUUAUAUAACACUUUCCGAAGAGAUGACAGAUCAUCCAAUCGAAAGCAUAAACCUAGAAGUUCGAGCACGU